AUAUAUGCCAGUUACAAUAACCACAUAUGAACCUUAUGUCAACUUAAGUUUCUGCAUCUUGUUUCUUUUCAGCAUGUUGAUAUACUGUUUUACUACCUAAGGAAAAAGGUGAAAUUAGGACAUGCUGUGAGCACUAGAAUCACAACCACAGAUAAUCGGUUCGAUCAACUAAUUCAAGAGGUUUAUAAUCAAUAUCUGAAAAAGAGAGACAAGAAUGUUGUAUCUUCUAAGAGCUCAGUUGCCAAACACAUUAUGGGUGGUUCCAUGAGAUGUAAUACAAAAUGGUCUGAAGUCGAUGAUGUUUUGUUUCCAAUCAAUUGUGGGAAACAGUGGCACUGGAUUCUUGCUCGUCUGAAUAUCAAGCAACGCUGUAUUUAUGUCUAUAAUUCGUUGAGAUCAGCUCGACAUGAGAGAGCGCUUCUUUUUUAUGUUGAUUGCUACAGCGAGCUGCUUCCCUUGUUUUUUGAAGCGAUUGAUCUGUUUUCCUCUCGCGAUGAUAUAGACAUUAACAGCGGUCCGUAUGCAGGACUGACAUCAGCCAAUCCGAUUCGAAUCGAGCAUGUGCCCGAUCUUCCCGUUCAAACAGACCUUGAUUGUGGAGUUCAUAUGUUCUGUGCUGCCGAGGCUUUUGUGGCUGGCAAAGUUUUGGGUGGCGAUUUUAAUAUUAAAGAACAACGGACUCGGCUUGCUUCCUCGUUUUACACAUAUGCAAUGUGGAAAGACGAAUAUUCUGCCAUAAGUGAAGACGAAGCUCCUCCAAAAAUGAAUAGGAAUGAUUAGUGUUUUUAAAUUUCAGUUCUUUAUUUGGAUUUUGGAAAUUUUAUUUGGUUGAAUGUUCCGUAUUUUCAU